GGUUUAAUACAAACCUGGGAGCUGCUCGUCCGUGUGGUUACCUAUUUUUCACCUUUAGAAAUGUCCAAACACCAAACAUACAGGCACGAAAAUGAUUACAAGACUGAGGAAAACGGGAACAAAGACCUUUCAAGAUGGUCCCAUGGUAGGAAACGUGGAGCAGAUGGUAGUUUGAGAAGAUCACAUCGUGUUGAAGAGUCUGGCAAAGACCAAAGAUCACAGAGCUCACGCAGACCAGACAUUGUAAUUUUUCCAUUCAGUUUUACAACCCCUGAGAGUGAAGGACCUGUGUCCAGGAUAAAGAACUGGGGCGAUGAGGUGGAGGCAGAGGAAAUGCGUACAAAUGUCCAUUGCGACAUGCAUCGCUAUAGAAGAAGGAUUCUCGCUGCAGACAUUCCUCCGAGAGAUAGAAAAACCUCGUCUGGAAGUUCAGACUCCAGAGAAUCCUGGGAUUCCAAAGACUCUCCUGCUAAAGGUGAAAUGGAGACAGAUGAGGCCAUACUCAUGAGAAGACAAAAACAGAUCAACUAUGGGAAAAACACUCUUGCCUAUGACAGAUACAUAAAAGAAGUGCCCAAGCAUCUGAGAGAGCCAGGUAUCCAUCCAAAGACUCCAAACAAGUUCAAGAAAUACAGCCGGCGCUCCUGGGAUCAGCAGAUUAAACUGUGGCGGGUCGGUCUUCACAAGUGGGACCCCCCUGCCGAAGAGGGACUUGAGCUGCAGCAGAUAGAGGAGAUUGACCUUGGGGAAAUCAUGGAUUUUGAGUUGGAUGUGGAGGGUUCAGCAAAUACAGAGACUGAGUCCCAAAACCCAGCAUCCAGUGGCGUAUCGUUGUCUUUGCCAGAGGACUCGUUUACAGGAACUCCUAAAAAGAUGAUGAAAAUUGAGGAUGCUGAAAUGUUGUGAGCACCUUCUUCAAAAUCCUGAUGCUCUACGAGAGAACUGAGCAACUGAACUGUUUUAAUACACUGUUCGUUUUUUGAUUAUUAAUGUACAGUUCUUCCGACAGGUUAUGGUGUUUUUCUAAUAUCACAGGGUUUGCCAACUUCUUAAAGAGAAUGUUUGUCAUUAUCACUGAAUUCAAAAUGUUCACCCCACCUACUACUUUUUAGCUCUUUGCAAAAAAAAUGUAAAUGUGUAUAUUUUUAAAUUGAUUAAUUUUGUACGGUAGUAAACAUUUUGAUGCUUCGUGGACAUCCACUUUUAUUUAUCAGUCAAAUUUCUUCUUUUUUUUCUUCAAAUGUAUCAAAUUUCCAGUGUUAUAAGUGUAUUGGUUUAGGUGGUGUUGUGGUUUUUUUAGAUUGCUUUUGUUGAUUAUUCAUUUCUAUUUAAUUGGUAAAAUAAACUUUAAGCUGGA